UCUGUAUGCAAUUCCUUGCCUUAUCACAAACAUUCAGACAUAUUUGGAAGUUGUUUGUUUUGCCUUUUUCUAUUUUUUUUUUUAUAAGCGUUUGAUUAGAGAAGUGUUUGAUCGCAGAAAAGCUUUGUCAACAACAGGGCGUGGAAGUAAUGGCAAAAAGCACGUUCAAGGAAGAGCAUGACCUAGGUACCUUUCUUCUUGUUUUUGGUGUUUUGAUUCUCGCUUUUGAUCAUGUUGUCUUUUUUUUUGAACCUUCAGAGAAGAGAAGUGCAGAGGCUGCUCGGAUUAGAGAGAAAUAUUCAGAUAGGAUUCCGGUGAUUGUUGAGAAGGCUGAGAAGAGUGAUAUACCAACCAUCGACAAGAAAAAAUACCUAGUCCCGGCUGAUUUGACAGUGGGACAAUUCGUGUAUGUCAUUCGCAAAAGAAUCAAACUCAGUUCAGAGAAGGCUAUCUUUAUAUUUGUCGAUAAUGUCCUUCCUCCAACUGGUGCUCUUAUGUCUGCUGUGUAUGAAGAGAAAAAGGAUGAUGAUGGCUUCCUCUAUGUCACUUACAGCGGAGAAAACACAUUUGGAUUUGCAUCGUCAUAGAUCUCUUGCUCGAUAUUUCAUCUCCUUAUUUGAUUAUCUAAGCAAACAGCCUAUGUACUUCUCUAAGAACUGUCGGUUGGGAGUUAAUGUGUACAGAAAACAUAAAAUAAUGUAUAUAAUAUGCUCUCUCGUAUUCCCUUUUU